AUGAACCCGGCCAAGUUGGCAACGCAAAUUACUGAAUUCGCUGAUGACGUCCACCCUUCGGCCUGUGCAGGCAUGCGGCCGAUUCUCACGGGCAGUCGAGGCAAAUGCCCAUCCCGACGAGCUUCGAGGCAGGCUCCUGCACCCAUCAUGGCAGGCAUCCAGCCUGCCGCCUGCCGCCUGACCCAAGUGGCAGCCGUGCAACCGUCGAACUCUUCGGGCGAUCGAGCCGAAGACGCUGAUCCCCAUGGGCGUCAAAGCACCCGACGGGCGAUCGAGGCACACAGAGCUGCCUCCCCCCACAGGCAACAAGGCGACUGCGUCACCCGCCGGGCCUGCCCUGACCCGAUGUCCCUUUACAUCCUCCAUCUUCGUGGGCAAGGGAAUUCCCGAUAUCCCCAUACCCACCCGAGGACUUCUCAGGCCGGAAGGAACACCCUACCCGACGGGGUCCUCGGUGCCGACUUCUGA